AUUAGCGACUGUCUAGAUGGUUAUCCUUACAUAGGUGCCUCCUCUUUCAAGUAUCUUCAGCCAAUAUAGGAAGUCAGACAGCUCAAGUCGCCGCCAAUAAUGUCAGAUAAAGAGAUCUCCAUUGCCAGGGAAAUCAGUGGCCAAAUAGUGCAGCUAACACGAAAGCCUGAAGAUGUAGCUAGUCUUCCAGUAGUUGCAGCUGCAACUUCGAUAGCCUUUGUGAUCUGGGUGAGGAAGCCUUAAUAUCUACGAAAGCAUCAAGGCAUUGACCUUGAUUCUCUUCACUGGCAGUGUCUUUGUUCGGUCGUUUAUCGUCUUUACUUUCACCCUCUGUCGCAGUAUCAGGGGCCAUUGCUUUGGCGUAUCAGCAUCUUGCCCAGUCUUUACUGGGCAUGGACAGGCGACAGGCAUCUCGCCAUCGACAAACUGCACAAAAGAUAUGGUACUUUCUGCUUCUACUUUGAACUUGUUUCCCGAGUCUGAACUACCACUGACCAGAACAAGGCAAAGUUGUUCGGGUAGAACCGAAUCUGGUCUCGAUAUGCACUCCGAAUGCAAUUAAAACAAUGUACGGUCCAGGAACUCGCUUCGAAAAGGCCAUGUUCUACACUCGAGGACCCAAGGAAAAGCAGCUCCUCGUCAAUCUGGCCAGCACGACUGACAAAGUCGUUCACGCUCGCAAGCGAAGAAUCAUCUCGUAUGCUAUGAGCGAGUCUGCCAUCAGGUCUUACGAACCCGUCAUAUUAGACAAGAUCCGGCUAUUUUGUAAGCAACUGCCCGAUGCCAAUACAUUUGGUGGUGAAUACAAAAAUAUGUCUCGGUGGUUUUCCUAUCUCACCUACGACAUCAUGGGAACGCUCACCUUCAGCCAGAGUUAUGAUAUGCUCACUAAAGACGACCACCAUUUCAUCCAGCCCUUGAUUGAUGCUUAUCAGCAUAGCCAGGUCAUUUUGGGAACAUAUCCCAAGAUCGAACAUUGGGGGUUGGCCCCUCUUUUGUUCUUAAAAAUCAUGUCGGACAACAAGAGAUUUCGCUCCUAUGUCGACAAGCAAGUAUCUUAUCGCAUAAAACAGGAGAAGUCGGGUAAUGGCCCGGCUGAUAUUUUUAAGCUCCUCCUCAAUCAUAAGGACAAGGAAACUGGGGAGAGCAUGGGAUUCAAGGAACUCUCUGACGAGGCUGUGGUUCUCAUCAUUGCUGCCAGCGAUACAACCGGAACAGCUCUCUCGGGCCUUUAUUUCUACCUAGCUCGCUACCCGGAGUGCUACAACAAACUCAAGCAAGAAAUUCGAACCACCUUCUCCUCUGUCGACGAUAUUCUCGGCGGGAAAAAAUUGCUAGAGUGUAAGUACAUGCGAGCCUGUGUCGAUGAAGCGCUUCGAAUGUCUCCCGGUGUCCCUGGCUAUCUGACAAGGGAAGCACCUGAGGGAGGCACCAUCGACGGAUACUACAUGCCACCCGCUGCUCAAGUCGGGGUCCCAACUUGGACAGUUCAUCGCGACCCCGACGUCUACCCCGACCCCCAGAUCUUCAAACCAGAGCGCUGGAUGGUUGAUUCUGAGGAACAGAUUCAGAAAUUACGGUCGUGUUGGUACCCAUUCAGCACAGGUACCCGUGGAUGCAUUGGUAAAAAUAUGGCUUACCACUCCAUCUACUUGACCGUUGCUCGGCUGGCGUACUCGUUUGAGAUUAAAUCUCGCGAUCCCCUGCCUCUCGAGUUUCACGUCAAGGAUCACUUCGCAGCAGGAGAGAAAAACGGACCUUUUCUCAAGUUUAUACCUGUCUCGACCAGUUAGAUAGUAGAAGCAGAGAAUCGCAAUGAUGAAUCAAAGUAUUGAAGUAUAGAGACUGUAUGGCAGUAAUUCAUUCUAUCAAAGAAAUUUU